CCCAUUAAAGGCCCGUAUGUUGUAUAUAAAUUGGUGGAGGCUGCUGAAGUAGGGUUCUUCGUGAGACCGUAGCGGCAGCGAGUUCAGAUUGGAGGUGGACAAUGUCUCACAGGAAGUUUGAGCACCCAAGGCACGGAUCCCUCGGUUUCCUGCCGAGGAAGAGGGCUGCUCGCCACAGGGGAAAGGUGAAGGCAUUCCCAAAGGAUGACCCAACAAAGGCACCCAAAUUGACAGCCUUCUUGGGAUACAAGGCUGGAAUGACUCACAUUGUCAGGGAUGUCGAGAAGCCCGGAUCGAAGCUUCACAAGAAGGAGACCUGUGAGGCUGUCACUGUCAUCGAAACACCACCAAUGGUUAUUGUUGGUGUGGUUGGGUAUGUCAAGACUCCUCGUGGGCUUCGCUGCCUCAACACUGUCUGGGCUCAGCAUCUCAGCGAGGAGGUACGGAGGAGGUUCUACAAGAAUUGGUGCAAGUCCAAGAAGAAGGCCUUCACAAAGUAUUCCCACAAGCUCGAGACUGACGAGGGGAAGAAGGAGAUCCAAGCACAGCUGGAGAAACUCAAGAAAUACGCAUCGGUUAUUCGUGUGCUGGCUCACACUCAGAUAAGGAAGAUGAAGGGCCUGAAACAGAAGAAGGCACACUUGAUGGAGAUUCAAGUCAAUGGCGGGACAAUUGCCCAGAAGGUCGACUUUGCUCAUGGUUUCUUCGAGAAACAAGUCCCUAUUGAUGCAGUCUUCCAGAAGGAUGAGAUGAUUGACAUCAUCGGUGUCACCAAGGGUAAAGGUUACGAGGGUGUUGUCACCCGUUGGGGUGUCACCCGUCUUCCUCGCAAGACCCACAGGGGUCUCCGCAAGGUUGCUUGUAUCGGUGCAUGGCACCCUGCUAGAGUUUCCUUCACGGUUGCUAGAGCCGGUCAGAAUGGUUACCAUCACCGUACUGAGAUGAACAAGAAGAUCUACAAGGUCGGCAAGUCUGGCAAAGAGGAGCACGCUGCCAGCACCGAGUUUGACAGGACCGAGAAAGAUAUCACGCCAAUGGGUGGAUUCCCCCAUUACGGUGUGGUGAAGGAUGACUAUCUGAUGAUCAAAGGUUGCUGUGUUGGUCCUAAGAAGAGAGUUGUCACUCUUCGACAGUCUCUUCUCAGCCAGACUUCUCGGGUUGCCCUCGAGGAGAUCAAGCUCAAGUUCAUCGAUACUUCCUCCAAGUUUGGACAUGGGCGCUUCCAGACGACCCAGGAGAAGCAGAAGUUCUAUGGCCGUGUCAAGGCUUAGGGCGCAAGAGGUUUGUGGAACCAUUGGAUAUUAUUUGCACUAGGAUUUUAUUCGGUACUUGGUUGCUUUAUGGUUCAAAUUUUCCGACUCCAUGCUUGUUUGGGUUUUGAAAGUUUUGUUGUGUUUCCAGACUUUGGAAUUUUAUAACUUAAAUUUGGUUUCAGUCUUA